CUGGUUUAUCUCAUCCUUUCCAAGUCAUCCAACAUUUUCUCCGACAACAAGAAGAUGAGAUCACUCAGCUUCAAGCCUGCUCGUUCUGUUAGCAUUCGCCGGAUGCUGGCUGCCAUCUCUGACUUACCUCAGGGCAGUGAGCCAUCACCGUUGGCCUCAGCUGCAAGAUCACCAUCGGCACAAGAGUAUCCCAUAUUCGAGGAAAAUCAAUCUUAAAUUGAUUUUGUUGUUCUUCUCCAUAGUUUGUGAAAAGAUAUUCUUUCGUUCUUCGAAAUGUUUAAUGUAUAAUUUAAUAUGAGGUUUGUAGCUAUAUAGAAUGAUAUAUUUGCAAUUUUAUGCACAAUUAAUUAGUUGAUUUUUCCUUAGCACUCCAUGGAUGUUCUUCUACCAUGUCCAAGCUAAUUCUUAGGUUUUGUAUAUGGUGAUCUUGGGGAGGAAAAUAUCUCUUUUUUUUUUUUAUUGAACGAUUACAAUUUAAGG